CCUCUCUAAAAUCUAAAUCGAAUCGUUCUGCUUCUCCCGUCUUCUUCAGCUCUCUCUCCCUCUCUCUCUCAUUCACCCACCAGUCUUUUCUUCACCUUUUGGAGAGAAACAGGAAAGAAAACAAGAUCUCUUUCUUCAAAGAUGUUGCAAGAUGUGUGGAAUGCUCCUCCUGGUUUCAGGCCUACUAAGUCAGCACCAACUUCUCCGGCAAAGCCUCUUGGUAUCUCGAGAACUCGGUCAGAGUCAUUCCACGCCAUCCACAAAGUACCAGUUGGCGACACGCCCUAUGUCAGAGCAAAGAACGUUCAGUUGGUGGACAAGGAUCCAGAAAAGGCAAUUCCUUUGUUUUGGGCGGCCAUUAAUGCAGGGGACAGGGUUGACAGUGCUUUAAAGGAUAUGGCUAUUGUGAUGAAGCAACAAAAUCGGGCUGAAGAAGCCAUUGAAGCCAUAAAGUCGCUGCGAAAUCGCUGUUCUGAUCAAGCUCAGGAAUCUCUUGAUAAUAUUCUUUUGGAUCUCUACAAGAGAUGCGGAAGACUUGAUGACCAAAUUGCUCUGUUGAAGCAUAAGUUGUAUUUGAUUCAACAAGGUCUGGCUUUCAACGGGAAGCGAACCAAGACAGCUAGGUCUCAGGGAAAGAAGUUCCAAGUCUCCGUGGAGCAAGAAGCAACUCGGUUACUGGGAAAUUUGGGAUGGGCAUUGAUGCAACAGAACAAUUACAUUGAAGCAGAAGAUGCAUAUAGGCGAGCACUAUCGAUAGCACCUGAUAAUAACAAGAUGUGUAAUCUGGGUAUCUGCUUGAUGAAGCAAGGGAGGAUUACCCAGGCCAAGGAGACGUUGAGACGAGUGAAACCUGCAGUUGCAGAUGGACCAAGAGGCGUAGAUUCUCAUCUAAAAGCCUAUGAAAGGGCACAGCAGAUGCUCAAUGACCUUGAAUCUGAGAUGAUGAAGAAGGGAAGAGAUCAGGUUGAGCAGAGCAGGCUUUUUGAUACUUUCCUUGGUUCUUCAUCAAUUUGGCAGCCCCAGCCCUGCAGGGACCAAGUUGGUUUGCCAGCCACUUGUGCAGCAAUCAAGCCUUUUGAUGAUUUUGCUGAUGAAAAUGUUGACUCAAAUAUAAUGGCAAACCAUUUGGUUCCUCCACAGAAGAGGAGCAUUAAGCAAGCUCCUCCUCCUCCUCCUCCUCCUCCUUUCUAUGGAAACUCACUGAAUAGUGAUGCACCCCCUUUCUAUUCAUUAAAGUUUUUUAACGAUCCAAUUGCAAAAAACCCAAUUGGGAAUCAGUUUCAUGAGACCCUGAAGCGCACAAGGUCUUGGAAUGCUGCUAAUGGUCUGAGGGUGAGUGAAUUGGGGGAGAAUGCAAAACCAUUUGCUGCAGAUCCAGAGAAACCAGAAGUGAAGACAAGAAGGUUAUCUGAAGAAAAUAGGAAUAAGUUGACAGAGUUGUUACCUGACAAUAAGGACUUCGAAGAGGCCAUUAUUGCUGCAGUUCUUGGACCAACAAAUGAAGCAGGAGGGAAGGCCAAGGAAACUGGCGACAAUAUGGGGAUCUUUCAGAAGAAAGUGGAAAAAAGGCUUAAGGUUUUUCAAGAUAUCACUCUCUCUUUGAGUCCAAGAGCCUGAACUAAUUUAAUAUGGAGGUCUUUCAGAAGA